ACAAACUGUCAUCGACGUCAAUGCGUCAAACAAUCUUCUUAAAGCUAGCUUUGAAUAAGAGUAUAGGUUGCCGGCGAAAUUAUUUUCAUUUAUUUGCAGUGCAAACUGUCUCAGAUAAAAUUUAUGUUAUGAUUAACCAUUCCCAUUAAAUAAACUGCAUUCAACAUGACCGUGGAAACCCAACCUAGGGCAAAACUGCCAUACCUAUCCUCCGAUAAACAGCUCACGUUUAUAAAAUUGGCUGUUUUAUCGAUGGCAGCAAUCUUAUCAUUUGCAACUAGGCUAUUUUCGGUUCUUCGUUUUGAGAGCGUCAUCCAUGAGUUUGAUCCUUAUUUCAACUAUAGAACAACUCGCUACCUUACUGAGGAGGGUUUCUACAACUUUCACAAUUGGUUUGAUGACAGAGCAUGGUAUCCGUUAGGGCGUAUUAUUGGAGGCACAAUAUACCCCGGCUUGAUGGUGACAUCAGCCACACUUUACAAUAUUAUGCAGUUCCUGAAUAUCACAAUAGACAUUCGAAAUGUCUGUGUCUUCCUUGCGCCAUUCUUCUCAUCAUUAACUACAAUUGUCACAUACCUGCUGACUAAAGAACUUAAGGAUGAGGGUGCAGGCUUAGUUGCAGCAGCAAUGAUAGCUAUUGUACCAGGCUACAUCAGUCGUUCAGUCGCGGGCAGUUACGAUAACGAAGGCAUUGCGAUAUUCUGCAUGUUGCUCACAUACUACUUCUGGAUAAAAGCAGUCAAUACGGGAACCAUUCUAUGGGCAACAUUGACUGCCCUUGCAUAUUUUUACAUGGUGUCCUCAUGGGGUGGUUAUGUGUUCCUAAUCAAUUUGAUCCCACUCCACGUGUUAGCGCUGAUGUUGCUCGGUCGUUUCUCCGCACGUGUGUACGUGGCGUACAGCACACUGUACUGUGUCGGCACUAUACUCUCCAUGCAGAUCUCAUUUGUUGGCUUCCAACCUGUACAGAGCUCGGAGCAUAUGUUGGCUCUGGGCACAUUUGGUCUGUGCCAGUUGUAUGCGUUCGCACAAUACCUGCGCGCGCGUCUCUCGCCCGCUAACUUCGAGUUAUUGUUCCGGGCGCUGCUCACCACAUUACUGGCAACACUGGGCACUGCUGUGGUCGCUCUGACCGUCACAGGUAAAAUUUCACCAUGGACGGGAAGAUUUUACUCUCUGCUCGACCCUUCUUAUGCGAAAAAUCACAUUCCUAUCAUUGCAUCUGUAUCGGAGCACCAGCCGACGUCGUGGUCUUCGUUCUACUUCGACCUGCAAGUGCUGGUGUUCCUGUUCCCCGCAGGACUCUACUUCUGCUUCAGCAAGCUCACCGAUGCCAACAUAUUCAUCAUACUGUAUGGAGUACUUAGUAUUUAUUUUGCGGGUGUGAUGGUCCGUCUGAUGCUGGUGCUGGCGCCGGUGAUGUGCAUAGUGUCGGGCGUGGCCGCCUCCAGUCUACUCAGUCUGCACGUCAAGGAUAUUGAACCUAAAGUAGACAAGCACGAAAAGAAGAAGAAACAUGAAAAUAAUUUUGUAUUCCGAUCUGAGGUGGGUACGCUGUUCGUGUGCGUGCUGGGCUGCCUGCUGCUGUCAUACGUGUUCCACUGCACGUGGGUGACGUCGGAGGCGUACUCCUCGCCCUCCAUAGUGCUGUCGGCGCGCGCGCACGACGGCGCCAGGAUCAUAUUUGACGACUUCCGCGAGGCCUACACCUGGCUCAAGAUGAAUACACCAGAGGAAUCUAAGGUGAUGUCUUGGUGGGACUACGGCUACCAGAUAACGGCGAUGGCGAACCGCACGGUGAUAGUGGACAACAACACGUGGAAUAACACUCACAUCUCCCGUGUGGGGCAGGCAAUGGCGUCGGGCGAGGAGCGAGCUUACCACAUCAUGCAGGAACUAGAUGUCGAUUAUGUACUAGUUAUAUUCGGCGGACUCGUCGGAUACUCCUCCGAUGAUAUAAACAAGUUCCUGUGGAUGGUGCGUAUCGGCGGCAGCACGGAGCGCGGCGCGCACAUCCGCGAGGCGGACUACUACACGGCGGCGGGCGAGUUCCGCGUGGACGGCGAGGGCGCGCCCGCGCUGCUCAACUGCCUCAUGUACAAGAUGAGCUACUACAAGUUCGGCCUCGUCUACACGGAGGGCGGUCGUCCGCCGGGCUUCGACCGUGUGCGCGGCGCGGAGAUCGGCAACAAGGACUUCAACCUGGACGUGCUGGAGGAGGCUUACACCACUGAGCACUGGCUGGUCCGCAUCUACAAGGUCAAGCCGCUGCCCAACCGCGGACUCUAAACACCAACAACCACCACACAACACCAACAACCACCACUUACACCAGUAACCACCACCAAGUGACUGUUGAACGGAUAAUGUCAAUGUACACAGUAUUUCGAAUUUCAUUCAUUUGUUUGUAGAGAUAUCGCAAUCUAUUUCUUAAUAUUGAUUCUCUUUCCGUCUGCUCUCUAUUGCUGGAAUGUUUGAAAUCAGUUUAGAAGUGUAUAAAUUUUAUAGUCAAUGGUUCACUUUUAAAAAGAUCCAAAAAUAUAAUUUACUAAGAUUAUCGAAAUAAAUAGCUUUAGGAUAACCCAAUCUAAGGUCUAGUAAGAUUGCGAGAACUGUACAUUUAUAAUGUUUAUGUCAAAGGAAAUGUGAUUGUAGUUUAGUAAAAGUGAAAUUGCGUGAUUCUUGUAUUGCUAUCACUGUUUCUUUCUAUGAUGAUGAGUGAGAUGGCUAUAUUGUGAUUAUGAAAGUCAAAAACAUAUCCUGUUCAUUGUUACUUAAGUGUAAGUAGUGGGUAACUCAACUAAAAUUGAUGGACUGCAGAUCAGAUGAUCACAGAAAUGGCUCAUAGUUCAGAUCGUUUUUUCAUAGUUAUUGCAUUUGCGCGUUCACAUAGUUAUUAAAUCGCAGUAAGUCGUGAGCUAAUAAUUUAGUUGCUGAGCUAUAGCUCGCUAGUUCACCUAGACCUGAACUUUUGAGCCGAAUCAGAGCUAAUUUACAACUAAGUGCAUGUGUUAAAGCACACUACAAAUGUGUUCAUCAAAUCAUUAUUAAUAUAUAUAUUUUAAUGGAAACUGUUUAUUAUUUUUCAUUUUGUUGCGAAAUAGCUGAAAUCCAGUGAUUUUUAUUUUCAUUACUGAAAUUUGACAUAUUCAUUUUACAACUUUUUUUUUUAUUUCAAAAGUCACAAAAAAGUAAUGACUGAGUGUAAAAUAUUUCACCUCAUGUUAACAGAGUAAUGUACCUACAAUUUCCAUUAAUUUAUCAAAAUAUACUGAAACAUGAGUUAUUUAUGAUUGGGCAGUUAAUGUGGAAAUAAUUGAAAUAAGGUGGUAACUACAAAAUACCUUUAAAUCUCAAAAGGAAGUUCCCUACAGUGCUAAAGUGCUGAACAUUAGAUUAGAUAGAAUAUUGUAAUAGUUAAUAUAAUUAUUUUUUAAAUAAAAAAAAUUAUAAUUUCCAACAUUUUUAUUAUUCUUAUUUUAUUGACAAUAUUGAUUUCUUAGUAUGAACAAUAGUUUUUUCUAAAUUGUAUAUUGAAGUAUUCAUAGCAAUAAAAUAUCAAUAUUUGAAGUAAUAAAUAGUAAUGUAACAGAAUAUUCAUUUAGAGUUCAGUAGUGCAAGCUAGCAAUAAUUUUUUAUAAUAAAUGUAAGAACAGAAAAUAAAUGUUGCUAGUGUAAUGUGAAUUUAUAUGUGCACGUUUUUAUAUACCAAGUAUAAUUUAAAUUAGACAUGAGAAAAACCUUUCUCAUACUAAUGACUAAAAAGACGUAUUUUCACAAUAGACAUUUAAUACAAAUUAGCUGAACCACAUUUAAAAUAUAAUACCUAAGCUAGUAGCACAAGUGUUGUUAUAAUUCGAGGUAAUUUUGGUAUCCCAAGAUCCAAUCUUAUAUAUGGAAAGAUGUAUAAUAUCAUUUUUAUAUUUUUAUUUGUAAUAAAAUUUUAUUAAUAAA